GGCUGCCCGGGAUGUGGAAACUCUCGCGGGAAGAUGCGUCGUUGCCUCGGUAACCGCGUCGCAGUCGCCAAAGAUGGCGGGGCGAAGUCUGGGUCUUACGAGAAGCAGCGUUCCUGGGACUCCGCUUCCGCUACCCGUUCAGCAACCCUCUACACCUGGACCCGACCUCCUCGCCUUGGAGGAAGAAUAUAAGCGUUUAAAUGCAGAAUUACAGGCAAAAACAGCUGAUGUGGUUCGACAAGCUAAGGAAAUAAUAAGAGAUCGGCAAGAAGUACGAUCUAGGCCUGUUUCAAAACAAAUGAAAUCAUGUGAUGAUGAAGAUGAUUACAGUUUAAGAGGUGUAUUACCAUCUGAAGGGAUAGUUCAUCUUCAUUCAGAAACUAAGCCAAAGACCAAAAACAUUGAUCCUGUAAACAAGGUUCAAAACAAAUUACACUCUGCAAAUGAAGGAAGGAAAACAAAUUCAAGUGUUAAAUUGAAAUACUCUGAUGUCCAAACUGCCGACGAUGUUGCCAUUCCAGAGGAUUUCUCAGACUUUUCCCUUGCAAAAACAAUUAGCAAAAUUGAAGGGCAACUGGAGGAAGAAGGCUUACCUGAAUAUACAGAUGAUAUUUUUUCUGGUGUUAGUAAUGACAUUGGAACAGAAGCACAGAUCAGAUUUCUAAAGGCCAAACUGCGUGUUAUGCAGGAGGAAUUGGAUAAUGUUGUAUGUGAAUGCAAUAAAAAGGAGGAUGAAAUUCAGAAUUUAAAGUCUCAAGUAAAAAAAUUUGAAGAAGAUUUUAUGAGACAGCAGCGAACAAUUAAUAUGCAGCAGUCUCAAGUAGAAAAAUAUAAGACUCUUUUCGAAGAAGCAAACAAAAAGUGUGAUGGAUUACAGCAGCAGUUGUCUUCAGUAGAAAGGGAAUUAGAAAAUAAAAGAAGACUGCAAAAACAGGCUGCAAGUAGUCAAAGUGCCACAGAGGUUCGCUUGAAUAGAGCUCUAGAAGAAGCAGAAAAGUAUAAACUGGAGUUAAGUAAAUUUAGGCAAAAUAACAAGGACAUAGCAAAUGAAGAACAUAAAAAAAUUGAAGUGUUAAAAUCAGAAAACAAGAAGCUAGAAAAACAAAAAGGAGAAUUAAUGAUAGGGUUCAAGAAACAGUUAAAAUUAAUUGAUGUUUUAAAAAGGCAAAAGAUGCAUAUUGAAGCUGCCAAGAUGCUGUCUUUCACUGAGGAGGAAUUUAUGAAAGCACUUGAAUGGGGAAAUUCAUAAGUGAUCUACUUCAGUUAGUCUCUAUUUCUCCUCCCUUAAAGUAGACCGAAAAAGAUGCUUUAAAAGAAAAUUCCAAAUAUUUAUUUCCCUGGCUAAAUCGAGUAAGUACAGUUCCUAAACACAGAGAGAAGGCAGUUAGUUCACUUUGGGGUAGAGUUCUGUAUUAGUCAAGGUACAUAUACUGUCUUGAGGAUGGGGAUGCAAACAAUGCUCUGUAGUGUGGUAGAAAUCGGAUUUUCAAAUUAUCAGUACAAAAAAUAACAGUUUGAUUAAAAUUAAUUUUUAUCUGAUAAUUGUUUACAAGUUAUAAAUUCAGUGAUGACUUACAAAAUCCAAAUAGACAAUGGAUUCCUACUGCCACUGAACUGUAAAACAAAAGUUAUGCUGACAUCUAGUGGUAAUAUACGAAAAAUCUAGGGUUUACCCAAUUUUGAUGAUAUCAUUUCUCUUCACAAAUUUCACUCCUUUGCUGAUACACUUUCCUAAACUCUUCACCAAGCAGAUCAAUAUCAUCCUCUUUUUUAAAUACUCCCUACAAGAAAAAUAUUUUGUGGGUUACUUUUGAAUAUCAGAAUAUUUCACUAAAUGCUUUUAAGACUGACAAAGACAUGAGGUUAGUAAAGUUAUCGCCAAGGUAAUGAAAUCUAUUCAAUAGAUUAAUGAAACUUUAAAAAAAAAUCAACACUUUUCAAAAAAAUAAGACUUUACAUAUAUAUUGACUAUUCCUAGACUGACCCAAUUUUCUGAUUUAUCAGCUCUAGUGUAGGAGCUUGUCAUAUGAAUCUGAGCUCUUCUACAAGUUCUACUGCUUGGAUUACCUAGAUAGGAAGGCACUUCAUCUAUAGUGUACCCUACCCUUUUCUUUAAAUAGCUCUAUAAUAUGAUAUAAGGGUGAGCUUCGAUAGAUUCAUGCAUGGGAUUAGUUCUUCAUGUGUCAGUUCUAUGGCUAAUCAGCAAUCAAUCAGUCUUGCAGAAAAGAAUCCAGGUUUGGAGCUAAGCCAUUUAAGCAAACCCUCUGGAAUUCUUCACUGUUCUAUUUUUCUUUUCCCCUACAGUAUACUGCAAAGGGCUCUUUAAAACAAAAUUAAAUAUUUACUUAUCUUGCAGUUCUAAAGAAUUUUAAGGAUAACUGAGGUCAUUUGGCGCCAUUAGGAUCUAAAGGAUAAAGAUCAUUUUUGGAUAUCAAGUUUAUUAAUCCCUCCUGCUGCCUCCACAAUUAUUUCCUCUACAAAAAUAUCACAUCCCAAAGACAUUCCUAUAGUUUAUAUUUUAUGAAAUUUAUUAAUUACAUAUGGAUUUUAUCAUUAAUACAUCAUUUUGCAUUCCUUAAUCCUAUGUAACCAAUUAGACUAUCAAAAGUCCUGUGGCCAGGCAAUAAUUACCUAUAUAUUUUAUAUAUUUUUCCUUCCUUAGCACCAGACUGAAUGUAAAAUAUGCACUUGAUUCUGCUGAAUAAAAUAUGAAACGGCAUUUCUA